AUGGAAGCGGUUGUCCGACAGGCAGAUGUAGUUCCGAAAAAGUCGAAAUUUGCUUAUAGUGUUGGACAUGUUCUCAAUGAUCUCAGUGCGUCAAUGUGGUUUUCAUAUUUACUUGUGUUCUACCAUCGUGUAGUGAAUUUUUCGAAUGCAUCCGCUGGUUACUUGCUACUAAUUGGACAAGUUGCUGAUGCGAUAUCGACGACAUUUGUUGGUUUCGAAUCUGAUCGAACUCGGACAGGCUUGUUUCAUUAUGGACGACGAAAAACAUGGCAUCUUGUCGGAGUUAUUUGUGUACUGUGUUCGUUUCCAUUCUGUUUUAACUUAUGUAUCCAAUGUAAACAUAGUGAUUUGUGGGCACAAUUUAUUUAUUACUCGAUGUUUAUUAUUAUAUUUCAAUUUGGUUGGUCGUGUUCACAAAUCACGCAUUUAGCAAUGAUCAAUGAAUUGACACAUAAAGAUGGUGAACGUGUUGCAUUAAACUCGUAUCGCUAUGCUUGGACAGUUAUUUCGAAUAUUUUUGUUUAUGCAAUAGCCAGUGUUCUCCUAGGUGUACAUUCCAGUGCUGAUGAAACUGAUAUAACAGCCGCUGACGCACAUAUUUUUCGAACAUUGACGUUUAUUGUGAUUGGUAUUGGUCUUGUUUGUAUGGUUAUUUUUCACGUUGGUUUACGAGAAUCUGAGCAACCAGCUGAGGAAACUGAACAUCGAUUACAAUUAUCGAUGACAUCGAGCGGAAGAUUGAAGCGCAUGACAUGGAAGACAUUCUUACGUGAAAAGGAAUUCUAUCAAUGUGCUUUCAUUUGGAUGUGUGCCCGAGUUAUUCUCAAUGUUACGCAAGUAUUUUUGCCAUUGUACAUCAUUGAUUCAAUCUCUACAUUAAAUCGUGCUUUCGUUGCUAUUGCUCCCUUAUGUUCAUAUGUUAGUGGUUUAUUGGCAUCCUUUCCUAUGCGUGCAAUCAACAAACGACUCGGUCGAAAAUCAACGAUCGUCCUUGGUUUAUCGUUUACAUUAGCUAGCACUGCUCUAUUUUGGUUUAUCAUUGAUUUGAAAGAUAAUUUGUCGAUGGAAAUUGCUCUCAUAGCAGCUUGUGUAUUACUUGGUAUUGGAACGUCUACGACAAAUAUUUGUUCAUUUUCAUUAACGUCAGAUUUGAUUGGUUUGAACACCGAAUGUGGAGCAUUUGUCUAUGGAAUCAUGUCAUUCGCAGAUAAACUCGCUAAUGGAAUAGUGAUUGCUAUUAUUCAACAAUUUAAUCCAUGUAUAUUAGCUUCAACUACUACCUGUGCGUCUUAUUAUCGCUAUAUUUUAACAUUCAUUCCAAUUGGUGUCGCUGUUUUGACAAUUCUUAUGACAUUGACCAUGUGGAAGACGAAUGUGGGCGGCAAUCGGCAUGAAGUGAUUGUUGAAGGUCGAACUGACGUACAAACAUCAGAUGAAAAUGAAUACAAUGAACGAAGUCCGUUAAUCGCUUGA